AAUGAUUAUUUGCUGGAGAAACGAAACAAACCAUCAUUGUCAAUUGUGAAUCCGCUAGACGUGCUGCGGAAACGGUUGUUGCUGGAAAUGGCUCGCAGGCAAAUGAAAGAAAACACGAGACAGGUGGAAUUGAAUCGUGCCAUACUGAAGAAUGUGGGCAAACGCAUGCAACCAGCGCCAAUACAACAACUAUGGGAAUACCCGCUCAUCCGCUCGCCGUACCGACAGCAAACAUACACAUACUACACACCACAUCAAUGGCAACUGCAACUGCAGCAGCUGCUGCAGCCACGCCGUUACGUCAAUCAAUUGGAGUACGCACCCGACGUGUCCCUCUUUGAUUACCCACAACGACCGGCAUACAUGUACGAUAGCAUCCUGGCAGCAUCUGCCCUGGCCGGGGUUGAGAGCGAAAGCGAAGCUGAGGCAGCCCGACGCACGCAAUUCAACAUCAACGCGCUUGAAGAAGGAGACGCCUCCAAAGUCAAUGGAAAUGAAAUGAUCAACGAAACAGCAAAUGACAACAGAAACUCAAACAGCGCCAGCGACGACAGGAAUGAGGCCUCUACAAGACGAACUCUUGGCAAUGAAGCAGCCAGCGUCAGCAACGUCGAAACUAUAGGCAGCAGUGGUGUGCUAGCCAAAAACAUGCCCGCCGAUGAGGUGGAAGGAAGCGACAACAACGCAGACUAUCAGCUACGCUACUUUUACGGUCUGCGUAAGAAGCACCGCAACAUGAAAAAGUAAACUCCCAACAGAUACCUCCAAAACACCAAAAAACACCCACUGACACUCCUGAAGACCAUCGAAAUUAUUUGAACCAGUCAGUCCAAGCAUCUUUCGGGGAACACCAAAUAAUUUAAAAAUACGCAUACUCGUGCCCGUACAAACCGGUUAUUGCAAAGCUUUGCUCUGUUUGGCUUUGUUUUAACUUGCAAAAGUGCUAAAUGUGCAAUUGGUUUUAACAGUUACCUGCAUACAUACAUACAUAGCUACCCAGUAAAAAAUAAUCUAAGUUUUAUUCAUAUGUAUUUUACAUAAAAGUGGAGUGAUUCCUUUAUUAUGUAUAAUAAUGCAUUAAUUGUUGUUUACCAAUAAUUGCAUAC